AUGAACAUCGAACAUCACUUUCUUUGCCCAAAAAAGCUCUUGAAGCUUUGUAACAAAAAGAUUGAUAAGGACGUAAUAAGGAACCUUCAGCUCCUAACAGAGAAGUUUUUAUCGGAUAUAAUUCAUCGAUCUGCGCUUCUGUGCAAGCACAAGGGAAAGAAUAUUGUGGACAAUGGAGAUAUACGAUUUAUUAUUGAAAAGGACUUUGACUACAGUUUUGGAGGAAGAGAGAUUCAAGGCUCUAAAAGCCUCCCGACUAGUGAACAUCUAGAGAGGAUGGCAGAGAUUAGUCGCCAGAAUAAAUAA